AUAGCACUCUCUCUUUAAAAAUCAUAGUUUGACUUUGUGUUUUUCUCCAAACAGAUUUCGUCUGCAGUGCAGAGAUGAUUCGGACUUAGUUAAUUAUUAAUUAUUCAAGAAGCAAUCGGCUAACCAGGAACUAGGGCUCCUCAUCGAAGUCAUGGGAGAUACCUCUAGUCACGGAAUGGAGGAUACAGAGGCAGAGGACUUGCGGGCCUUCGAGCGCCGGCUGGUUGAAGUAGUCACCACGGAGAAGUCGAACACUUUUCGCUGGCGUCUCGUACUGGGCGCGAUCUUCGCUUGCUCGGCUAUCAGCGCCUGCCACUGGAUGCGAGAUGCCAAGGAUAGCGAGUCACUAGUUUUCCGAAUACUCUCCAGCCACAGUGCAUUUGCCUUUUCCGUGGCCACCGUAUGCCUGUUAAUCAUGUACGGAGUCAAUCACGCCGCCAAGCAGGACCCCUCUAUCCUGCGGGACACUAGAGAGAUGCUCUCGCCCUUCCGGCUAAACUGUGACAACAAAGGCCGCCUCAUCCCGCUCCCAUCGCCCAACGAGUAGCUGGACGUGCAUCUUUAAUAAAUUGACACUGUUGAAAUAGUUGCCAGUCAAAUAAACU